AUGUCGUAUCAACCGCUGAAAGACAAAGUCAUUGCCGUCACCGGCGCCGCGUCUGGCAUCGGCCUGGCCACCGCUUACUAUCUGGGUGACCGUGGUGCCUCGCUGUCGCUGGCCGAUGUGUCGGAGAAGGCCUUGAACGAAGAGGCCGAGAAGAUACGGCAGAAAACAGGUGUCAAGGUGCUGGCGACCGUGACGGACGUGAGCAAGGCCGAGGACGUGGACAAAUGGAUCGACUCGACCGUGGCAACGUUCGGCAAACUCGACGGCGCAGCCAACCUGGCCGGUAUUUUCAUCGAGUCCACCGACAAUGGAGGCAUUGCAAAACUGGACGAGAAUCUGUGGAAUCUGGUGCUGGGCGUCAACUUGACGGGCAUGAUGCACUGCCUGCGCGCCCAGCUCAAAGUCAUCUCGCAGGGAGGAAGCAUCGUGAACGCGUCCAGCGUGGCCGGGCUGCUGGGCUCGGCGCAGUUUCCUGCCUAUUCCACCAGCAAGCACGGCGUCAUUGGGCUGAGCAAAUGUGCCGCUCGUGAGGCCGGCGAGCGAGAGGUCAGAGUCAAUGCCAUUGUACCAGGAGAGAUCAACACGCCCAUGUCGACACGCUCGAAAGCACUCAUCACCAAGCCCGGCUUCGGAUCCGCCAGGGCAAUUGCGCGGCCAGGCGAGCCCGAAGAGGUGGCCGCAUUGGUGGGCUUCCUCCUGGGAGACGAAAGCGCUUUCAUCACAGGCUCUGUGUACCAGAUAGACGGGGGAAGGAUCUGUUAA